UCGUGGAUCUCGAGGUAGGCGUGGCUUGUCAUCAAAAGAGAAUUUGGUGCUGGCUAGAUUAAAUCUGAUAAAUAACAUAUACUAGGAAUCUUGUUAUGGCAAAUCAUCAACAACAACAACAACAAAAUUAUGAAGAAGCUGAAAACCCAACGACAAGGACGAAAAGGAAGAAAAUGAUCAGAGAUUGUGGAAAACAUCCAACAUACAUAGGAGUAAGAAUGCGUUGGGGUAAAUGGGUAUCAGAAAUAAGAGAACCAAAAAAGACAUCAAGGAUCUGGCUUGGUACAUUUCCGACACCAGAUAUGGCAGCAAGAGCUCAUGAUGUAGCUGCUUUAAGUAUCAAAGGUAAAUCUGCUAUCCUUAAUUUCCCAGAACUUGCUUCUUCGUUGCCUCGUCCUGUUUCGUUAUCACCUCAUGAUAUUCAAGAAGCAGCUUCUAAAGCUGCUAUGAUGGACACCUCGUUACCCUCAUCAUCAUCAUCCCUACUGUCACUUUCAUCUACUAUAGCCGAAGAUGAAUUAACUAAUGAGACCGUUGGAUCUUUCGACGAAUCACAGAUGAACGGUUAUAUGUUUAAUGAUGAUUCUUCUAAUGAUGGUUGGUUUUAUCCUACUCCAUGGUUAGAAAGUCCUAAUGAUGAUUGUAGGUUUUUUGCUGAUCAUAUUUUACUUCAUCCUGGAUGUUCAACUUCUUCGACUUUGGAAUCCUUGUUGUUCGACUACUAA